GCCUCCCUUUGGCGGCUCGGCAGCAAACACGGUCGGUUUCGAAACCCGGCGGAGUGCGGGGUGGAUGAGAGCGCGCCAUGGACUUGGUGACCUUUGAGGAUGUGGCUCUGUACUUCACCCAGGAAGAGUGGGCAUUGCUGGAUACUUCCCAGAAGAUUCUCUACAGAGAUGUGAUGCUGGAGACUUGCAGGAACCUGACUUCUGUAGGCAUAAAACGGGAAUGUUGGGAUUUGGAAGCUUAUUACAGAAAUCUAGAGAGAAAUCUGAGACUUAAAGUUGUAAAGAUAAACUGUGAACCUACGGACAAUGGCCAAUGUAGAGAAGCUGUUAUCCGAAAUCAAGUUAGUGUCACAAACAAGAAAAUGCUUGAACCAAAGCUUCCUUCAUGUGACAUUAUCAGUCAGUCAUCCCUGAAGAGGCAUAAACACAAACCGUGCGACUAUCAGAAAUACGUAAAGAAAUACUAUGAAUGUGAAAAAUGUGGUAAGGCCUUUAUGUGCCCCAGCUCCCUUAAAAAACAUAAGAAAGUCCACACUGGAGAGAAGCCGUACAAAUGUGAGUAUUGUGAGAGAGCCUUCAGUUACCGCUACUGUGUUGAAAGGCAUAUGCUUACUCACAGUGCAGACAGGCAUAAAUGCAUGGUGUGUAAAAAAACAUUUCCUAAUUCUGUUGCCCUUAGGGAACAUAAAACAUUUCACUCUGGAGAGAUUCCUGAAUGUAAGGAAUGUGGGAGAAUGUUCUGGACUUCCAGUUCUCUCGAUAUGCAUAAAAGGCUUCAUACAGCAGAAAAACUCUAUGAAUGUAAAGACUGUGGGAAAGCCUUCAUGAGUUACUGUUCCUUUAAACUCCAUCAAAGGACUCACACUGGGGAGAAGCCUUAUGAGUGUAAGCAGUGUGGGAAAACCUUCAGACAUUCCAGCCAUGUGCAAGCACAUAAGAGAAUUCAUACUGGAGAGAAACCUUAUGAAUGUAUGCAGUGUGGAAAGACAUUCACUUCCGGCCACUGUGCAAGAAGACAUUUAGGGACACACAGUGGAGCCUGGCCUUACAAAUGUGAGGUGUGUGGGAAAGCUUUUCCCUAUGUCUAUUCCCUUCGAAACCACAAAAAAUGCCACGCCAAAGAAAAACUUUAUAAAUGUAAACAGUGUGGCAAAACCUUUAAAUAUGCUGCUUCCUUGCGAAACCAUGAGACCACUCACACGGGAGAGAAGCCCUAUGAGUGUAAGGAGUGUGGGAAAGCCUUCAGUUGUUCCAGUUACAUUCAGAAUCACAUGAGAACACACAAUGGACAGCCCUAUGUAUGCAAAGAAUGUGGUAAGAUGUUCUCAUAUUCCAAAAGUCUUCGAAGACACAUGAAUACCCACAAUUAAUGGGAGAUGGAUAGUGUAAGCCAUGUAGAUCUCCAUACAUUACAGCUCCUCAUUAAAAAAAAAAAAAAAAAUCACAGUGGAAAAUGAGCCUAGAAUGCGGUAUGUGUGCCAAAGUCUAAGUACGUGCCACAGUUUGAUGUGCCAAAGCCCUGCAGGCUGAAAGAUCAUUGGGAAGCACUUCAGCACUGAGGAUCUCCUGACGAUGAACACUCAGAACUUGAGAAAGCUUUUGACUGUCCUCGCUAGCACACACGGGAAGACACAGUGAAGAGAAAAUUGUUUUGCUGUUAGCAGUAUGGAGAAAAUUUUGCCUCUCCUACUUUACCUUGAACUUCAGUAGUAUGGGAAAGUCUUAAAUAACAUACAGCCUUAUGACAUUUACAAACCUCCAUAGAUCCAAUCUCUAAAUGGAAGAAAUACUUGGUCUCUUGCAAAGUUAGCAAAUAUUUUCAGAUCCCUGAAGUGAGUCCCCAAAUUUUGUAAACCUAAGAUGUACAAAACCUGUUGUUCUGGAGCCUGCCAGUAAAUUCGAACAGUACCUGAAUGGGGAGUGAGUAUUGAAAGAAAGAAAGCAAGACACAAGAUCAGCUUGAGAAGGACUGUCAGUGAAUACUGCAGCCCCGGGUUUACUUAGCAGCUCCUUUUUAUAGGCAAAGCAAAACAGGUCACAUCAACACAAGGAAGGGGUUCAUGGAGCAGUCAAACUUCUUAAACCCUAAUCCCUGUAGCAGAUAUGGUCCAAGGUCACAGAACAAGUUAAAGGAACUUGGCAAAACACCUUGCUUAUCUCUGUUCCAGGGUGAAAACAUGUUUUUCACUGAAAAUAGCAGCUUGCCAAACAAGCAGCUUACCACAGGCGCCCCCCCCCCCCUUUUAUUUUUAUUUUCUAGGAAAGACCAUAGCUUAAGAGCUAUGGAGCAGAAGAUUGUGCUUGCCACUCUUGAAAGAUACAUUCUUACUUGUACUGGUACAUAAAUUCUAUCAUUCAUACCCUCUCUUAGGUUGAAUAUUCCUCAGUGAGAUCUUACUCCGUGAGAUCUUUGUAUUUACCAGCCACUGCUAGGGUAGAUGCUGGAGUUUAAUCUUAUGCAGAUCAGCUUUAACAUUCCAGAAGGCCAAAUAAGAGUAACGAGCCAAGUCCUGUAACAGUUCAUAAAAGUGACAUUAAAAGAGGUCCUGAAUGGGUUUCCUUGCUGAGGGAUGAAGUUCUGUAGCACCCCAUGACAUUGUUGUGGUGCCUGGGGCUGGCCCCUCUUUCCAUUUCCCUUCAUUAAAGGGUCUCCUGCAGCAUCUUUUUAGACCUACAUUCAUUAGCUCAAUGCUUUCCUCUUACAUAUUGGGCAUAGACCAGGUUCCUUUUGAUUCCCUUCUUACUAGCAUUAGGACAAUUCUUUUUCUAUGGCAAAUUUCCCAUUUGUCAUAACCACUUCCUGGAGGUCCCAAUACUCUAUUCUUUGAGCCUUUCACUGAAAUAAUACCUCUUUAAUAGGCUUACCUCGUAGGGCAGCAGCCAUGGCCACUCCUUGAGUAUAAGAUGGCCCAAUGUCGGAACAUGACAUAAUACAGUCAGAAAUAUUUCCUUUCUUCCUAAAGAGUCUCAAAACUGCUUGGCAAGCACUGCUAGCAUUUUCAUAGGCCAAUUGUUUUAUUAAUAAUAAUCCAGAGUCUUCAUCACCUAUAAGUAUGCUUGCUGUUUGCAUGAAUCUACAAAGUCUUGAACUAAUUCAUCAGGUCCCUGACAGAUUUUAGACAAAUCCUCCACCUGUCUACCUGUUUGCGGAAGUUCAUUCCAGGCCCUUCUGGCAGCAGCAUUUACUUGAGCAUAAAUGCUCAAAAUGCUGAGCAUCAAAAUCCAGCUGCUCAGUUUCUCUGUAGAUAACUUCUCCAGCAAGCAUGUUCUACGUUUUAGGACCUCCUUUAGCUCAGUUGAUUUUACCUGUAGUUUGACACUGCUCAGCAAAUUCAAACUUCCAUAAUAUAUUAUCUCCUCCAGAUAAACAUGCUCUUGCCAAUUGCUUCCAGUUCCCUGGGCAGAGGGCCUCAGCAGAUAAGGACUUGAGUAAAGGGUGCUGUAGGACCAUUUUGGGCACAUGCAGUUUUUAAUUGUUUAAAAGGUAUAGGAGCAUUAACUCUCACCAUAUUACUCUGUCCAUCAGGUUGCUUUAGGACAGGAAAACGGUAAAACUCAGUUAUAUCCUCUCCUUUCUGCCUAGCUUGUAAGGAACUUGUAAAGAGGAUACAGUUGUUUGUGCAGUAGAUAAAAAGGCUCCCUUUUUUGAGCUGUAGCAACUGUAGCUGCCCCGGAAGGGGGGGGGUCUAAGCCUGCAAUCAAUGAGGGAGUUGGAGUGGGGCAUUGAGCCUCAUUUUCCCUAGUAGUUAAUUUUCCAAAUUUUCUGUUUAUUUCCUCCAAGCUCCCUUCCAACUUUAUUUCUUUUUGCCAAGGCUUAAGGUUUUUUACCACUCAUAGCCUGAAUUGGAGGAUAUUUCUCAGAAUGAUAUUUUGCUGCUUCUUCCUCCAACUCUGCAACCUCAUCAGGAUCUAAGUCAUCAUCAAAGUCUUUUCCUAAAUUGGAAUUAUUGUCAUCAGGAGAGCCAUGGAACUCUUCAGGAGGAGCCGAUGGUUUAGUCUCAUUUUUUCCCAAAGCCUUUUUCCUCUCUAACUCUUAAGUUUUGCUUUUUCUGUAACAUGUCGCGAAUUCAGACUGUCUCUAAUUAAAGUCCGUACAAAAAGUGUGCGGCUAUUGCCUUGUCCCAGGCUUACUCUCGAAUUCUACUCACUGAGCCUUUAGUUUCUGGUCCGAGCUCACCAACACCUUACUCUCGAAUUCUACUCACUGAGCCUUUAGUUUCUGGUCCGAGCUCACCAACACCUCAGUGUCCUUCACUGCCACCCCUGUAUUUCAGGUCCCUGUGGGGGCGCCUCCUGCCAGAGCCCGCCAGCAAAGCUGCACAGGAGUAGCUCCCACACUGAUUGCAGUGCUGCCUGGAAGCCACAGUGGCAAACAUCUGAUAGUGGUCUGUGGUCUCAGCAACUCACUGCCAGAUCUGUCAGUAAACUAUGAAUUUACAAAUCUUGGUCCUAAUUCCAUUAGUAUUUUUGGGUUUAGUUUUGUUUUUAGGUGUCUUGUUCUUUUAUAAUUUCAAAGAUAUGCCUACUAUCUUGAGUAUGUCUAUUCCAAGUCACCCCUGACAUUCUUCAACAUGCCCCUUUCCACCUUCAUGUUCGUUCCCCACCCCUUCUUUUAUAACCCAUUACCUGAUGCAGGUAACUGUAGCUUCAGUGAGCCGAUGAAUGCAGGGGGCACACUCUAUUCCCAGCCCACAGCUCUUAACAUCUUCCUAUCCCCUUUGCAGGUUUUAAGCAGUCAUCCCUGAGUGUUUUUAAUGCUUCUUGGGGGCAGGGUGAGUCAUGCUGUAACUCCCAAGUUGCAUCUAAACCUUCCUGUUUCCUUCUCCAGUGGGCCUUAGCCAUUUCCCAAGAUCCCUGGGCCAUGUGUGGGUAUAAUGGGAGUGGUUUUAUUUUUUCAUGUCAGCAAAAUUUUAUUUCAUCUUAACAAAGUUAAAUCCUACAAGUAAAUUGAGACAUAGUUCAAGGACUCUGGAUUAAGGUGCUUCCAACUCUGAUAGCUUAAAUUCAAGUCCUAGAAAAGGUGCAGAGGACCAUCUUCUCUACCAACUGCCUUCUGACCUCCACACAAGUCAUGGCGAAUGUGCACACGGUAAUGAGUGUAAAAAUAUAGUUCAGAAUACGUACAUUAAUCAGUAUAAUUUAAUUCUGUGGUUAGUGUAUCAAUAAAAGCUGACUUCGUAAA